CAGCCAGGUGAGUCAGUGAUGGAGGAGUGAGGGAGGCAGGGAGGUUAUCCAUUCUCCCUCUGACGCUCAGCAGCAGCAGCUGGAUCCGCAAUGACCGCCGCAAUCUAACGCUGCCCGCUUUGCGCCUGACAUGAGCGCGCUCUGCGAGAGUUACUACUCCAGGGAAAAGGUGUUCGUGGAAAGCUUCGCGUGUCCGAAGGCGGGGGGCGACUCCACGGCCGUCUUCUGCUGCGGCUUCAGUGACUUAAAGUACUGCUGCGAUGACCCGAACAGCUUCUUCCCAUACGAAUAUGGAUACAUGUGGUGGCUGAGCCUCGGCGCUCUUGUGGGUCUUUCUGUUGCAGCCGUGGUCCUCCUCGCUUUCAUCAUCACUCUGUGCGUCCUCUGCUAUCUGUUUGUCACCACCAAACCCAGAGGUCUGGACAGCGGACUCCCUCUUCGAGCGCCAGAUGUGUUGGUGAGUCAACAAGGAGCUGGAACGAGCCACAGCAGCGCCCCCUCUGGUCCCCAAGGCCUCAGGAAACACUUUGUGAGAGGCAAGCUAGACUGUGACAACCAGCAACCAGACCCAGACCGCCUUUUUCAGCGCUGCUUCAUGGCCACCGUUACAUCCAUCAAUGUGGAGAACCCUGCAUAGGGAAAACAUGAUUAUUGUUCAGCUCUUUAUUUUGUAUCUGCACCAAUGUUUGGUUUCAAGAAACAAAAAAUAUAUAAUAUGAUUAGAUCAGUUAGCAGGUGGAGAAACUUUUUCAUGGCUCUAUUUAAUUGGGAAGUUGAAACUUAGAUUUUGACAGGUAACCUUUAGCAUCUCUAAGCUUUAAGAAAAUCCUUAUAAAUUGUUCCGAAAUAUAUGUUUUGAUAUAAAAAAGUUCAUUUAUCCAAUGCAAACAAUAAAAAUCAGGAAUUAUACUUCUUAGUCUUUCAAAGCUAUGUAUGAUGGAGAGAAAGCUAAGACUCCUAAGAGCAGAGAAGUGAGUUUUUUUUUUUCUGAGUACUAAAAAUCACCUAAUGCUUAGAAACCAAGGUGUUAAUACUAAUCCGAUCUUCUUAUUUAUCUAUUUAUCUAAAGCAAAAGAACGUGAGCAAGGCAGCUGUUAAUUCUGCUCUGUCCUGUAAUAAGAAAUCAAUGUUCACUUUAUAAAAUAUCUAGAAGCUGCCACCCUCCUUUGAGAUCCGGAUAGAUGUAAUGUCAGUCUAUUAGCACAUUCUGCUCAUCGUUUUUCAACCCUCGUCAUCGGUGGAGAGCAGAAUUUGCUUCUUAGCACCCAGAUUGAUACGCCAUUGAUGUGAUCUGCAUAUUUUAAGCUCAGUUUUACAAAUGCAUGAAUAGUAAUUUUUUUUUUUGUAAAGCCCUGCAGUCAAAGCAAACAAAAAUUUGGAAACUGGAAAAUGUUGAAAUUAGUUUUAUGCUCAUCUAGGGAUACAUUUCAUAUUCAUUUAUACCCAUUCAGAAUUGCUAAAAUCGAGCUUCUGGGAUUGAGAACUAAUGUUUUGGUCUUUGAACUGCCUAAUUUAAAUAAAAAAUAAAAGCUACCGGGUAAGCUCAUAAAUAGCAUGGUGAGAUGCUAGAGUAUGAAACAAUAUAUGUUUCAAAGACAAAAAAAUUGGAUAGAAAUGUAUUCAGGUGGCAAUCUCCCCUCUGUAUACAUGUUAUAAAUGUCAGGUCUUUGCCAGCAAAUCUCCAAUUUUUUACAGUGUUGGCCUGCAGCUCUUGUUACCAGGAGUCAGAUUAAACCAACAGUGGCCUAAAGUCAGUCUAUCCGUUUCCAUAACAUGAAUCAAAUGUCGGUAUAACUGUUUGUCUCUACAAUAGUAGGAAGAUUGAGCCUCCAUCACCGAAUAUCAUCUGCCUAAAUGUCUCACUUCCUGUCCUGGUCCAACAGCAGUCUUAAUGACUGCAUAGGCAUUGGAUAUUAAAUCCUGUUGCUUCAGAUUCAGCUUUCUUGCAGUUCUUCAAAGCUGCACCCUUUCCACAGUUUGGGCAGAAACCUUCAAGUUCCAAGUUAAUGAAUUAAUUAAUAAACACGAAGGUUCUAUAUUUGAACUAUGAAAACAUGCAAGACCUUAAAACCUUUGCCCCAACGCCACCUUUGGUGGGAACAAGUGAGGAAUGUCUCAAUCAGCAAACUGAUAUGACAAGUCAGACUGAUAUCACUAAAAUAAAUCUUCAUUUAGUCUGCUCCAUCCUUUAGUCCGCUCCAUCCUUUAGUCGGCUCCAUCCUUUAGUCCGCUCCAUCCUUUAGUCCGCUCCAUCAUUUAGUCUGCUCCGUCCUUUAGUCCGCUCCAUCAUUUAGUCUGCUCCAUCCUUUAGUCCGCUCCAUCAUUUAGUCUGCUCCAUCCUUUAGUCGGCUCCAUCCUUUAGUCUGCUCCAUCCUUUAGUCCGCUCCAUCAUUUAGUCCGCUCCAUCCUUUAGUCUGCUCCAUCAUUUAGUCUACUCCAUCCUUUAGUCUGCUCCAUCCUUUAGUCCGCUCCAUCAUUUAGUCCGCUCCAUCCUUUAGUCUGCUCCAUCCUUUAGUCCGCUCCAUCAUUUAGUCCGCUCCAUCCUUUAGUCCGCUCCAUCCUUUAGUCCGCUCCAUCCUUUAGUCCGCUACAUCCUUUAGUCCGCUCCAUCCUUUAGUCCGCUCCAUCAUUUAGUCCGCUCCAUCCUUUAGUCUGCUCCAUCCUUUAGUCGGCUCCAUCCUUUAGUCCGCUCCAUCAUUUAGUCCGCUCCAUCCUUUAGUCUGCUCCAUCCUUUAGUCCGCUCCAUCAUUUAGUCCGCUCCAUCCUUUAGUCCGCUCCAUCCUUUAGUCCGCUCCAUCCUUUAGUCCGCUCCAUCAUUUAGUCCGCUCCAUCCUUUAGUCUGCUCCAUCCUUUAGUCCGCUCCAUCCUUUAGUCGGCUCCAUCCUUUAGUCCGUUCCAUCAUUUAGUCCGCUCCAUCCUUUAGUCCGCUCCAUCCUUUAGUCGGCUCCAUCCUUUAGUCCGCUCCAUCAUUUAGUCCGCUCCAUCAUUUAGUCUGCUCCAUCCUUUAGUCCGCUCCAUCCUUUAGUCCGCUCCAUCCUUUAGUCUGCUCCAUCAUUUAGUCCACUCCAUCAUUUAGUCUGCUCCGUUAUUUAGUCUGUACCGUCACAUAGCCUGCUCCAUCAUUUAGUCCGCUCCAUUAUUUUAAUCUGCUCCGUUAUUUAGUCUGCUCUAUCACAUAGCUUGCUCCAUCAUUAAAUCUGCUCAUUAUUUAGUCUGCUCUGUCGUCUGCCCAAUCCUAUAGUCCGCUCCACCACUUAGUCUGCUCCGUCAUCCUUAAAAACAUAUUAAAACUACUUUAUUCCUACUCAUCACAGCAUAUAUAGCAGCCAUUGUUACAGGCAAAGAAAGUAUAGGGUAGCUCUGCCCAACGUGCAUCAGACCCACUUUUUUUGUACAAGCAUAAAAAAUGAAGCAGCACGCAUGCUUUAGGUGUGAA